GGUCCUGGCCUCCGGCGAUGCUACGGAAAUCGUCCUUGCGAACCGGGGCCCCUGCCCCAUUUAGCUUAUACCGAAGUGCGAUCCACGGGCGCGGCGCGUGUCCCCUCGAGAAGCCGGGUGCAUCCAGCGCCUAUAGAUAAACGGAGCCGAAUACAAUCAAUCCACUGCUCGCUCGAGAGAGCGAACCCAAGCCGCGCCUCUGAUUCCUACUUGCUUGCAAUGUCAGAGAAACGGUCCCCGGACCAGGACCAGGACGCGCACGCAUGCGCACCAAGCCUGAGGCCCCCGCUGGCGAACGCGACCCCGGAAUUCAACUUGAGCCGCUACACGCACACGCACACGCCCACGCAGAUCCUCAGCCCCGAGCUCGCGGCGGCGCUCUCCGCGGGCCCGCAGCUGCGCGCGACGAGCUGGGCGGCGCUGCGGCUGUAUGGGGUGCUGGCGGUCUCCUUCAUGGGCUCGCUCAGUUUCGGAUUCGACAGCAGCGUGGUCAGCUCCGUCAAUGGCCUGAUCCAGUUCACAGAGUACUUUGGGCUGGAAGGCGGGGAUAUCGGCGGGGGACAGGGAAUCAUCACCGCUAUGCUAUACAGCAUCUUCUCGCUGGGGUGCAUCGCUGGAUGUUCCGUCGCCGCGCCCGUCGCUGACCGCUGGGGCCGCCGUAGAGGAAUGGUGAGGAUGCGACACACAGCUGCGCAAUGUUCGGCCGCUGACCCAGCCGCAGCUCGUCGCGAGCGCCAUCAUCCUCAUCGUGCGAAGGUCCCAUCCACAUCAAGUCCAACUGCUGACUACCAGAUGACUGGUAUGCUGCAGGGCGUGGCCGUCGUUACGGCCGCGCAGAGCCGCGCGUACCUCUUCGUCGGCCGUUUCUUCAUCGGGUUCGGGUCGUCGCUGAACAACGCUGCUGCGCCUGCGUAUGUCGCGGAGAUGUCCCCACCCCAGUGGCGCGGCCGUCUUGCGGGAAUAUAUAACACGUUCACGUUCGUUGGAUCCCUAACCUGCUCGGGUCUCGUCAUCGGCACGGGCCGCAUCAGCUCAAGUCUCUCCUGGCGGCUCCCGUUCGCCAUCCAACUCGUCCCGACGCUAAUCCUCCUCGUCGGCGUCUUCUUCAUUCCCGAGGCGAGUAACCCACAUCGUCUUCCCUCCAACCGAUCCAUCUCACCGCCCAGCGCACUGCACCAGUCCCCCCGCUGGCUCAUGUCCGUCGGCCGGCCGGGCGAGGCGCGCAGUGUUCUUGCCAAGUACCACGCCGCAGGGGACUCGGAUGCGCCGCUUGUCGUGCUUGAGUUCCGCGAGCUCGAGCAGUGCAUCGGGCCGGACCGCGCCGGCGCGCACCGUUGGUGGGACUACUCCGGCCUCGUCAAUUCGUGGGGCGCGCGGUACCGGACGCUACUCACGUCGUAUCUGGCGCUUUGCUGCCUGCUGUCUGGCACAGGCAUCUUACGCGCACUCCUCUUGACAGCUACUUCGUCACCGUGGCUUUCGACUUGGCUGGAGGCUCGUCAUUUCUUUUCUGACGACGAUGCGUCGAGGCUGACCCAGGCCGCAGUGGCAACCCAGAACGCCCGGCUCGUGUUUUCCUUCAUCAGCAUCGCCGUCGGCGCGGCUGGCGCGCUGAGCGGGGCACUCAUCGCCGACCGAGGUAAUCGGCUUGCACCCGACGUCCUGAUAGACCACUCACGCCAUGCACCGCAGUCGGCCGGCGGGCACUCUGGCUGGGAGGCAGCACGGCGUGCACCGUCGUCCUCGUCCUCACCGCAGGUCCGUCCCCGCGUCGAUGGCGGACCCGAAGCUGACGACGGCGCAGUCUUCAUCGCGCGCAAAAUCCACGCCGCGGCCGUGUCGUUCCUGGUCCUCUUCAGCUUCGCACUGAACAUGACGUACAUCCCCCUCCAGGGCAUGUACCCCGCCGAGUGCCUCGGCUACGCGCACAGAGCCAAGGGGCUCGCCCUAUUCGCGCUGAUCGAGAGCCUCGCGGCGCUCAUCAACAACUUCGCGGGGUCCGUCGCGUUCCAGCGGAUCGGCUGGCGCUACUUCCUCGUCCCCCUCGCGUUCAAUGCGGUGCAGAUCGCCGUCGUCUGGCUGUUCGCGGUCGAGACCAAGGGCCGCACGUUGGAGGAGCUGGAUUCGAUAUUCCAGGCGCCAGAUCCGGUCGCUGCUUCGCUCAACAAGACGCGGCGGGCGUAUUGAACAUCGCCGGCGGGUGGGAUGUGCCUGCAAAAGCCGUUUUAUGUCGAAUUCUCGGCCCUUCAUUAUGCACACGAAUCGUUGAGGCGACCAAACCAUAAGUAAAGUAAUGAAUCCAGUAAACUACGGCACGACUCUC